AUGUCAGAAGCUGCACAACUUGCUCAAGUGCUAGAACAGACAAUUCUGAGUCCCGAUGCAACGGUACGUUUACAAUGCGAGACACAGUUGAAAAAACUGUCAAAUGAUAACUUUCUGCAGUAUGUUGGGUUGCUAGCACUUGUUUUGGGCGACGCAAACAACAGACUUGAAGCUCGUAUUUUGGCUGCUCUUACAGUCAAAAAUGAGCUUGUCAGUAAAGAUUCGGUUAAAACGCAACAAUUGGGGCAGAGAUGGGUUUCACAAGUGGAUGAACAGUCACGAAGCGCGAUCCGUAACUAUGCGUUGUCGGGUCUUGCGGAUCCAGAACCCCGUGUGGCAAAUGCAUCUGCUCAAUUGAUCGCUGCCAUUGCGACAAUUGAACUUCCACGUAAUGACUGGCCGGAUUUGAUGAAGAUCAUGGUUGAUAAUACCGCAGCUCAACAACCGGAGAACAUUAAACGUGCAUCUUUGCUAGCUUUGGGCUAUAUCUGCGAAGCUGCAAAUCCUGGCUCUGAAAGCUUGGUUGCUCAAUCGAAUAACAUUUUGAUCGCUAUUGUUCAAGGUGCUCAGGCAAGUGAACCCUCCAAAGCCGUAAGGUUGACUGCACUCAACGCUCUUGCUGAUUCCCUCGCUUUUAUCAAAAACAACAUGGAAAGAGAAGGAGAACGCAACUACCUCAUGCAAGUGGUUUGCGAAGCUACUCAAACGACUGAUGACUCCGAAAUACAGGCUGCAGCCUUUGGUUGUUUGUGCAAGAUCAUGUCAUUGUACUAUUUCCUCAUGAAACCUUACAUGGAGCAAGCCCUGUAUGCUUUGACCGUGUCCACCAUGCAAUCUCAAGACGAAAAAGUUGCAUCGAUGGCUGUCGAAUUCUGGUCCACCAUUUGUGAAGAAGAAAUUGACAUUGCUUAUGAACUAGCCCAAUUCCCACAGUCACCUUUGCAAAGCUUCAACUUCGCGCUUACUUCAAUUCAAGAAGUUAUUCCAAACCUUUUAAAUCUUCUGACACGGCAGAAUGAAGACGCAGAAGAUGACGAUUGGAAUGUAGCCAUGUCUUCAGGCGCUUGUUUGCAGCUUUUUGCACAAAACUGUGGCAAUUAUGUGGUUGAGCCUGUGUUACGCUACGUUGAACAGAAUAUCGUUAAUGAAAACUGGAGAAAUCGUGAAGCCGCAGUCAUGGCCUUUGGUUCGAUCUUGGAUGGGCCUGAUAAAGUUCAGCUGACUAACUUGAUCCACCAAGCCCUCCCGCCCAUUCUGAACCUAAUGAAAGAUCAAUCUUUGCAAGUGAAAGAAACUGUUGCAUGGUGUACUGGUCGUAUUGCAGACCUAGUCGUUGGCGCUAUUGACCCACAAACACAUUUACCCGAUGUCGUACAGGCCUGUUUGCAGGGUCUAGAAGAUCAUCCCAAAGUGGCUACUAAUUGCGCAUGGACUAUCAUCAAUUUGGUCGAACAAAUGGCCGACGCUCAAGGCUCUCCUAUUUACAACUAUUAUCCUAUUUUAGUGGAGGCACUAAUAAAGGCAGCCAAUCGUACCGAUAACGAAAACAGUGCCCGUGCAUCUGCUUUUUCCGCUCUGACUACGUUGGUUGAAUUCUCUACCGAUCAAGUCGCAGAUUCGGCCAUUUCGAUAUCAUCAUUCAUUUUGGACAAACUAGGGCAAACCAUGACGGUUGAUGAGACUCAACUCAAUAUUGAGGAGAAGCAAAAUCUGGAAGAACUCCAGUCUAAUGUGUUGAGCGUUUUGUCGGCAGUGAUUCGCAAGAACCCUGCUUCCGUGACUUCAGUCUCUGACAUGUUGAUGGAUCUUUUUAUCAAACUACUCGACAAAAAGGAUACUUCCUACGUUGAGGACGACGUCUUCUACGCAAUCUCUUCACUGGCUGCUGCACUGGGUAAAGGCUUUCAGAAGUUCUUGGAGACGUUCUCGCCAUAUUUGGUGAACGCUCUGAAUCAAGUUCAAUCGCAGGUGUCCAUAACCGCAGUUGGUUUGAUUGCAGAUAUCUCAAAUUGUUUGGAAGAUGAUUUUAAGCAAUUUGCACCAGCUUUCAUGAACGUCCUGGGCCAAAUGAUCUCUGCUAACAAUGCCAAGAAGGAGCUGAAACCUGCAGUGCUAUCGGUGUUUGGCGAUAUUGCAUCGAACAUUGGGCCCGACUUUAUUCCAUAUCUAAAUCAGGUCAUGGCACUCUGCGUUGCUGCUCAGAAUAGCAGACCCGAAAACGCGUCCUUGGAGGCUCUUGAAUACAACGUCAAGAUCCACGAGUCUGUUCUCGAUGCUUAUGUCGGCACCGUUGCUGGACUUCAUGCCAAUCCUGAUGCCCUGUUUCCUUACGUGGGCACACUAUUCCAGUUCAUGAGCCACAUUGCCGACAACCCUACGCUCAACAGCGAGGACUCCACGGCUAGAGCAGCAGUCGGGAUCAUUGGGGACGUCGCUGCCAUGUUUCCUGACGGCAGAAUCAAGCAAUUCUACGCUCAAGAAUGGGUUAGCGAGUUCAUCAAGAAGACUAGAAGUAAUGCUACUUUCAGUCAAUCCACCAAGGAUACCGCAAGGUGGGCCAGGGAACAGCAAAAAUAUCAAAUUGGCCUAAUAUAA